AUGAGCGAAUAUCUCCCCUCGUUCAUUGUCGAACCUGUGCUGCGCCAAGCGAGGCGAUUCUCCCGCCUCAGCGGCACAACUGAGGAGUCGCCCGGUUUCUUCCCUGCCGUGCCCGACUUGCAACGCUGGAGCCCCUCUCGUCUUUGGAACACGUCUCCUCCACCUUCACUGGAAGACCCUGCGGUCGAGCCAGAGUCAGAGCACAGGGAGACCACUGUGCAGUCUAUAGCGAGAACCAUCCAGCUAUGGGCCAACCAGUUGAACAGCUUCGACUCCAUCCCCUCCCCUCCUUUAGAGUCCCAGGACGAUUCGAGACGACCAUCAUCCGAGCCCUCUCUACGACAAGAGCCUUCUAUCACUGAGUUUCCUCCUCUCGAGCCCGAGCCUUCACAGCCGCCGCGCCCCGCUGUCCUCCAAAACCUCCGCACGGAGAGCGAAACCUCUCUGAAUCCUGCCAAUGAGUUGUCAUAUCGAUCUCGCGUACAUGAGGACAGUGCACGACCUCACGCCGCAUCUGAUCCAUUGAGGGAUCUUUCAAGAGUCGCAACCCUGGCGGGCACGCCAGAUGUACAAGAGAUCAGCGGCGGCCGGGGAAGAGAUGGUUCCGGAACCCUACCAGAAGACGAUGGUAUGGGCACUCUCAGACAUAGGAUCAACGCUGUGUGGGCAGGCCCUGGGACGGCUGCGGAGAAAUCAAGGCUUGUCCACGCUUUAAUGAUGGAACGGUAUCAGAAGGGUCUCGCUGGCAAUGCCAUGCUGUCCAGACCGCCAGACCCAUCUCAAAGACCAGCAUCGCCAAGCUCGACCGUGUCAGGAGCAGCUCAGGAGAUCAACUACAACGUCACUGCCGAAGCCCUCGUCCCGACCUAUGCACCUCUUGAUCCUGAUGACAUCGAGUCCUCGGGUGAAAUAUCUCAACCGAUGCUUGGCUGUGUCCAUUACAAGCGAAACGUUAAGAUGCAAUGCAGCGUGUGUGAAAGAUGGUAUACUUGCCGACUUUGCCACGACGAGGCCGAGAACCAUAUUUUGCCGCGUCAAGAGACCAAACAUAUGCUGUGCAUGCUUUGUAACACCCCACAAGCCGUUGGCCAGUUUUGCAAAGCGUGCCAGGUUCAAACGGCGUGCUAUUACUGCCCGAUCUGCAUCUUGUGGAACAAUGAUCCUGAAAGAUCCAUCUAUCAUUGUGACGACUGUGGUAUUUGCCGACUCGGCGAGGGUUUGGGCAAAGACUUCUUCCACUGCAAGACUUGUGCAGCUUGCAUGUCGAUUCAGGCCGAAAGCACCCACAAGUGCAUCGAAAAGAGCACCAAAUGUGACUGCCCCAUCUGUGGUGACUACAAAUGCCCGAUCUGUUCCAAGAGUAUUGCCAACAUGGAGAGCCAGUUUCGACGCCUGGACCGGCACAUUGAAGAACAACCGAUGCCGGAAGAGUAUCGAGGCAAUCGGGCCUAUAUCUUUUGCAACGAUUGCAACAGCCGCAGCGUGACCAAGUAUCACUGGCUGGGGUUGAAAUGCACCAUUUGCGAAUCGUAUAAUACAACUCAGCUGGAACUUCUGGGGGCCGAGGAAACUCCACAACUACAGGAACAACAGGAACGCGCGCAGCAAGCAGGAACCUCUGAAGCGGCCUUGACAGCAAGUCAGAGCCACACUCCGACGGAGCGAGCGAGUCAACCAGUGGAUAUCGCAGGAGCGUCGGACCAAGUCGUCCCUCAUCCUAUCGACAUAGGAACAACGUCCACUACUCCCAGAAGCCGGUCGUCUUGGCUUCUGCCUCACUCACCCACAGCUCGCUCCGCCCGCUCUGUGUCUCCGGUUGUCGGGAGUUAUUUCGGAACCGGGCAACGAGCAGCAGGCACACCCGAAGCACCUCGACGUGGAACAAUAUUGGUGAAUGACGACGAUGACGACGACGACCUUGAUUUCUGGGGUCGCCCCAACUCGCCCGGGCAUCAUAAUGCAGCGGAGGCUGGUUCAGAGUCCGAGUCCGAGAGUGAGCGUGACGAGCCAAUGGAGGACGAGGAUGGAGAGGAAGAGGAAGAUGCAAUGGACUUGAUCGGGCACAGAUGA